AUGGCCCGGUGCCCGUGGUCGAGCCUGCCUGACGCCCCGGUGCCCGCUGUCCUACCAGACGCCCCUGUGUCCGCUGUUGAGCUUGGUGACCCGGUGCCCGCUGUCGUGUCAGAUGACUCGGUGCCCGCUAUUCUGCCAGAUGACUCGGUGCCCGCUGUCCUGCCAAACGACCCGGUGCCUGUUGUCGAGCUUGGCAACUCGGUGCCUGCUGUCGUGCCAGAUGACUCGGUGCCCGCUGUUGAGCUUGGUGACCCGGUGCCCGCUGUUGAGCUUGGUGACCCGGUGCCCGCUGUCGUGCCAGAUGAC